AUGGACAGCUGUUGUAAGGGAAUCUAUGGCCUGGCAGCUAGUUUAGAAUUGAAGUACGUGCUGGUGGUGCCGACGGAACAGGCGACAAUGUUGCAUGGUGAAUUGUUGAGGCGGGGCGUGCCUGAACGACUGAUCUACGAGGUGGACCCAAACAGGAGGCCGCGGCCUCAGAAGUCGACGAACUGUGGGCCUGCCGCCGAAGCAAGCAGCAGCGGUGGUCGUACGCACGGCCAGGAGAAACGGUUUAUGCCCGGUUCCAUCAGACUAGGCACGUACGCCGCCGGCGGCCAACAGUACAACGUGGGCCUACGCUGGGGAUCUGUGUGGAUAUCGAUGGUCGAUCGGGCGCCGGGGGCAGAUGGUGGAGGGGCCUCGGAGGUUACGGUGGCCGACGGCGGAGGGGCCUCGGAGGUCUCCCCGGUGGCGGGCAGUAGUCGAUCCGUGGAAGGCCCACCAGUGGUGGACCACGGUAUGGCCGCCGUGCCGGUCCCGAAGGAGAACAGUUGUAUGACCAUGAACAUGCCGAUGGAGAGCGACGGCGGUCGGGAGACCGAUGAUGACAAUAUUACGGUCUUAGGCGGUGACUGCGAGAACGGCAAUGACGAACGGAAUCUCGGUAACGGCGGUCGGCAUUGUAACAGCUCGAGCAUGUUGUGCGAAGAUUGCAAACAAUGGUUGCUCAAAGAGUAUUUCGGCGACCGAUUGCAGGACGAAGCCUCAGACCUUACCGGUCAGCACGCGUGCAUUUACAGACGGAUCGUUGACCGUUUAUUCGUGGUAACGGUUACCGAAAGUGGCGGUGCCGGCGAUGACGAGGACGAUGACGAGGCCGAUGACGAGGACGCGGCGGCUUGUUGCGGAACUACGACUGCGGAUGAUGGAGUCGUUGAACGGAUAUCAACUCCGACCAGCCGCACUGAACGAGAGCAGCCCUUCGCUGGUCCAACUACACCCUCACAGCCUGCACCGCCGAUGGAACACUCGACGACGCCGUCAGUUCCGGAAUCGCCAGGUAAGGAAGAUCAAGUCGACCAAGCGGCAAAAAAGGUCGGGAAACCGAAAUCGAAAAAGAAAUCGUUUUUCGGCAACUUCUGUAAGUCCAAUAAGAAGACGAAAACCGACUGA